ACGAAGAAUAGCAGUGAUCCAUACCAGGUCGUUCUUGCCUUGCUGCGCACCACCUCGGGCUGCCAGGUCCUCGCGCGCCGUCUCUAUCGUACGUUCGCGCGUGAUGGCUUUGACACGGUCUUCUCGGGGGACCUGAAGGAGGCCUAUGAUGACAAUGAGGAGGCAGAGGCUGCCUUCUCCAUGUUUGACCGGGAUAUGAAUGGGGAUAUCUCUAUGGAAGAGCUUGAAGGUGUCUGUGUGGAUAUUGGCCGUGAGCGCAAGUCUAUCACUGCAUCACUGAAGGACCUUGACUCUGUUGUGUCAAAACUGGAUCAAGUUUUCAUGUUCUUUGUCUUUAUUAUCAUUAUCAUUGUCUUCCUCACGCUGAUCUCAACGUCCGCAGCGGGAGUGCUGACCUCUGCUGGUUCUACCAUCCUCGCUCUAUCAUGGAUGUUCUCUACAACUGCCACCGAGUUCUUACAGUCUAUCAUUUUCGUCUUCGUUAAACACCCAUUUGAUGUUGGUGACCGAGUUACCAUCUACGGUAAUUCCGGGGCCUCAGGCCUUGGUGACGACUACUUCGUCAAGGAGAUCGCGCUCCUAUAUACCGAGUUUAAGAAGAUGGAGGGCCACAUCGUCCAAGCACCAAAUAGUGUCCUCAACAAUCUUUUUAUCCUCAACCAGCGCCGCACAGGUGCUCUCGCCGAGGCCCUGCCAAUUGUUAUCAAGUACGGCACAACCGUCGACCAGAUGGAGCGACUCCGCCACCGCCUCGUAGAGUUCGUGCGCAGCGAGAGGCGCGAUUUCCAGAGUAUGAUCCUCCACGAGCUCCGCGAGGUCACAGAAAACUUAUCCCUGACCCUUAACGUCGUCUUCUUCUACAAAUCCAACUGGCAGAACGAGGGCCUGCGUCUGCAGCGCCGCAACAAGUUCCUCUGCAUGCUCAUGAUCGCGCUCCAAGAAGUCGGCAUCGAGGGCCCUCGCAUGAACCUCCAGGGCUACAAUGUCAACACGCCAUUCCACGUCGCUUAUGCUGGUCCGCCCACGGGUGCACCAUGUACCUACCAACACCACGCGCCCGACGAAGGAGCCGCAGUCGGAGCUGAACCCGAACAAGUCCCCAUCGGCAAAAGCUCCCACAACAUUCCCGAGAACACCGGCUCCAGCAGCGGCGUCCAACAGCGCCACUCCAUCCUCCGCAGAGGCAUAGAACGGUCCCGCGGCGAAUCCACGCACAACAAUAAACACGUCGACUUCUCGCUCGGCAUGUCGGAUCUCUCCUCCAACGAUAUACUGGGUGACGUCUUCGAGGACCGGGGUAUCGCCGUCCACAGGGACAAGAUUGUCCGCUCCGCAAAUCAGCACGCUGAUGAGCGCCGGAUGCAGGAAAUCGCCGAGGAAGAAGGGAUUGCCUCACAAGAUGGACGAACCUCUGCUGAUAGCCGCAGUGUUCGCAGCGGACACAGUGAGGCGUCUUCCGCCCGACACCGCUUCCCCGGGCAUAGACAUCGGGGGAGCGUCAGUCGGGGGCAUGGGGAUCUGGAGUCUGGCUCUGGCCGUGAGAUGUUCAUGACACCUGAGCAGCGUACCUAUGUACACUCCCCCCAGUUGCUCGAGCAGCUUAAUUCAUUUAUGAGCAAAGUCAUGCCAGACAAUGGCCGCCAGCCACUUCGAACCGUCACUUGUCGGUACACCAUUACGCCAGAUCGACAGUUCGUUAUCAGUCCCCUGGAAAAGCAUCGGGAUAUAAUCGUUGGCCUUGGAGCUGCUCAUGCUUUCAAAUUCGCACUGGCCUUCGGUCGUGUUCUGGCGGAGUUGGCUGUUGAUGGGAAGAGUACAGAGGAUCUUUCCAAGUUUGGCAUACCGCAGACAGCGACUUAUACUAGCAAGCUUUGA